CACGCACCCCAAUCUGAUGGCAGCGCGACUGUCAUCCUCCGCGUCGCCAGUCGCCAGCUCCCCCGCACCAAGACACCCAUCGAACUUCAGUCGGCGUGAUGACCUGUAUCCGCCAGAACGCCGCCAUCACCGUCCCCGUCAUUCUCCGCUACGACGCAAUAGAGAACAAUUUCAUCGUUUAUGGAAUUCAACCUCCUCCAAAAUUCCCCGGCGUCAGGAUCGACAAGAUCUACAGCACCUUAUCCGAGGAGGCUAAGACCCAACUGAUCUGCCAGGUGAUUGAAUACCUGUUAGAACUUCGCGGCGCACCCGUGGAAAGAAGGGGACGUGGUGGGGGGGAGGGGGGAGGGCAAGACACGAUCAUGUCUUCUCAAGCAGAGAGAGUUCGUGCGCGAUCCCAGACAAUCCGCGAAGACGCCGCCCGACUCCUUUCGAUCCUGGCGGACCGGGAAGGUGACGAGUUCGCAAUCGAAGAACUCCGCCAGCUCGGCAUCCAAAUGAUACCAGUCGACCGCUCCGUCGGCGGCGACGAUCUUCUCGCCUUCAACCCCUGCUUCUUCCUCCCCAAGUACCCCCCAUCAUUAUUCACCGACAACCCCAUCGGCAAAGACAAUCUCGAUAACGAUUUUCGCCUCGAUCUCGAUGCUUCGAGCCUGGAUGCUGAACCUAUUCAGCUGGGCGGUCACUGGUGGUACCACACGCGAGAAUCGAAGCCAAGGUGUGACGGGCGUGAGCGUGCUGGAUUGAUAGCGGAUUCCGACACCCUUGCCGAGUUAUCUAAACUGUAG